AUGGCCUGGAAGGCUCUGUGUGUCUUCACUGGCUCCUCGCAUCCUAUCAUGGUGGUGAUUUCGGAAUCUAUGGCACCUGCUUUCACACGGGGUGACCUCAUCUUCUUAUGGAAUCGGCAAUCAUGGGUUCGAGCCGGCGAGAUUCCUGUCUGCUGGUUUCCGGGAAGACCACUGCCAAUGGUUCAUCGGGCAAUUAAAUCUGUGUGGCUCGGCGGUAAAGAACAAUUCACCUUGACAAAAGGAGACAACAAUGAUGGCGAUGAUGUGCCACUCUAUCCCCCAGGCCAGCUAAUGGUAGGCCGCGAAGAAGUCGUUGGCCUAGUUAAAGGCUAUCUUCCCUAUGUGGGAUGGCUUUCCAUUGGGUUACAAGAAAGCCCUCUCGUCACAGGAGCGUUGGUUGGCGGUUUGUUAUUACUUGCAGCUUUCUAA